CAACAUUCCACCCGCUGUCUACUUUUGUCUGUACGUGGAGGAGGCAGGUCUGCACACGGGACGCUGUCUGGACAUUUCAGGCGCACCGACAUCUCACCUUUCUCUGACUGACCACCUCGGGUCAAUCACAGAAGAAACAUGACUGGAAAAAUAACAAAAGAGGAGAUGGAGGAGAUGAAAGAGAUGUUUGAGAAAAUUGAUCUGGACAAAAAUGGAUAUAUCGUUGAUUAUGAGCUCCAUGAACUCCUUAAAGAAGCCGGCCGUCCCCUGCCUGGAUACAAGGUCCGAGAGAUCAUCCAGAAACUAGAUCGCAACAAGGACAAUCGGAUCAGCUUCGACGAGUUUCUUUCGAUUGUCCAGGAGCUGAAGGGCAGUGAAAUAGCAAAAUCCUUCCGCAAGGCCAUCAACAGAAAAGAGGGCAUCCUGGCUAUCGGAGGGACGUCUGUGCAGUCAAGCGAAGGCACGCAACACUCAUUCUCUGAGGAGGAGCGAUAUGCAUUUGCUAACUGGAUCAACACGGCGCUGGAAAAAGACCCCGACUGCCAACACGUCCUGCCCAUGGAUCCCAACACAGACUCCCUCUUCACGUCGGUUGAGGACGGUAUCGUACUCUGCAAAAUGGUGAACCUGUCGGUGCCAGACACUAUCGAUGAGAGGACGAUAAACAAGAAGAAGCUGACACCGUUUACGAUACAAGAGAAUCUGAACCUGGCCCUGAACUCCGCUUCUGCCAUCGGCUGCCAUGUGGUCAACAUCGGUGCUUUAGACCUGAAAGAGGGGAAACCCCAUCUGGUGCUGGGCCUGCUGUGGCAGAUCAUCAAGAUCGGUCUGUUCGCUGACAUCGAGCUCAGCAGAAAUGAAGCGCUGGCUGCAUUGCUGAGGGACGGGGAAACCCUGGAGGACCUGAUGAAGCUGUCUCCAGAAGAACUGCUGUUGCGCUGGGCAAACUUUCACCUGGAAAAUGCUGGCCAGCCGAAGAUCAACAACUUCAGCUCAGACAUCAAGGACUCGAGGGCCUAUUUCCACCUCCUGAAUCAAAUCUCUCCAAAAGGCACCGAGGAGGCCGAGCCACGCAUAGACAUCAACAUGGGGGGCUUCAACGAGAAAGACGACAUGAAGAGGGCAGAGGCGAUGCUCCAGCAGGCCGACAGACUCGGCUGUCGACAGUUUGUCACCCCGGCUGACGUCGUCAGCGGAAACCCCAAACUCAACCUCGCCUUCGUGGCAAACCUGUUCAACAAAUAUCCAGCGCUGACUAAACCCGAGAACGAGGACAUUAACUGGGGACUGUUGGAAGGUGAGACACGAGAAGAGAGGACAUUCAGAAACUGGAUGAACUCUCUGGGAGUGAACCCACAUGUCAAUCAUCUGUAUGGAGACCUACAUGAUGCCAUGGUCAUCCUUCAACUCUACGAGAAGAUUAAAGUGCCUGUGGACUGGAACAACAAGGUCAACAAGCCGCCCUACCCCAAACUUGGAACCAACAUGAAAAAGCUGGAGAACUGUAACUAUGCGGUGGAGCUGGGCAAAUCAGCCAAGUUUUCCCUCGUUGGCAUCGGCGGGCAGGACCUGAACGAUGGCAACCCGACCCUGACUCUGGCUCUGGUGUGGCAGCUGAUGAGAAGAUAUACGUUGAAUGUACUGGAGGGACUGGGUGAUGGACAGAAAGUAAAUGAUGACAUUAUCGUGAAGUGGGUCAACAAAACUUUGGCAGAAGCUGGAAAAUCAACCAAGAUUUCAAGCUUCAAGGACAAGGAGAUCAGCAGCAGUUUGGCCGUAGUGGAACUGAUAGACGCCAUCCAGCCCGGCAGCAUCAACUACGAGCUGGUAAAAACCGGAAACCUCAACGAAGAAGAUAAGCUGGACAACGCCAAGUACGCCGUUUCUAUGGCGCGGAAGAUCGGAGCCCGUGUCUACGCUCUCCCAGAAGACCUUGUGGAGGUCACGAACAAAAUGGUCAUGACAGUCUUCGCCUGCUUGAUGGGUCGGGGGAUGAAGCGCGUCUAAGAGACUGGCUGGGAUCAUUGUGACACUUGUUCUUACCCACAGACCAUUCAAGUUUUUUUGAAGAGAUGUCCCCAACUGAAGAAAUGAAGAUUUUUUUGGAAGUGGAAUUUGCUUGCGUCCCGGUCUCUUUUGAGGCGUUUACUGAAGAGUGAUGUCCUCCUAUUUAAAGUGUAUCCACAAUACUAAAUUAUCUGAAGAAAUGGGUCUUGUGUUACAGUGGACAACGUAUUACUCUACAUAUUCA